GAACAGUCGUCAUUCUGUGAGUUAGUGUGUUUGUUAAAAGUUGUGAUUUUGCUCUUUACAAAUACCUCGGAGUUCAUAAGCUCGUGACAUUUGCUCGUAUCACAUAUUGCACUCAGCUUCACCAAAGUUCUUACGAAAUUUUACUCGUAUUUGAUUUUUUUUUCCAUUUGAAACUCCGAAUAAUUGCAUUCAUGAAUGUGUUGCUGGUGAUAUCAAUGUUUGCAGCCUCAUCGUGGGGUUUGAAAUUUUCUUUCACAAAUAAUACUGAGUUGGAAAUUUUUCGACGUCAAACAUUGAUAAUGAAUUGUUCCAGUGACGUAGAAAUAGAAUGGCUCAUUCCAGACGAUAGUAAUGCGUUGGUAAAAAACGUUUCAAGUUAUGAGUCGAGUAUUGUAAUCAACCAGACCACGAAAUGUGAUAGUGGAGACUACAUAUGUAGACCAAAAAACGACGUUACUCAAUUUGCUCGGAUACGCAUCCAUGUUACAGGAUUGCGAACCUCUUUCAAAAACGGGACCAACAUAAGACUACAGUUGGGUCAAGCAUUCAACUUCAGCUGUUCAGCAGAAGGAGGCGUCAGCUGGGUCAUUCCCUUUAUUGGUUCAGCAUCAAUUUAUAACAUCUCACCAUUCGAGGAAAGAGUCGAGUCAAACAGAUCAGUUGAAUCGGAUAGUAACACUUACGUAUGCCGUUCAAAAAAUAACUUGAAUGAAUUCGCUUGGGUACACCUCUACCUCUAUCCUGCAGAAUAGACAUCUAACAUUUUACGAUUUCGUUAUGUUGAUUUAGGAAUUUCAAAUUUUAUCCAUUAGUGCAUUUUUAUUAAUUGUUACGAAUAGGUAUAUAUGUCAUCGUGCUACUUUGAAUUAAUCAUCCAUUUUUUUACGUGUUCGUGUAAUCAAGUAGGUAUAGAUUAUGUUGUGCAAAUCGAUUUUAAACUAGUUUCCUCAGUAGGUAGGUAUUACAUUAUUUAAAAUUGGGCAAAAUCCUGUUUGGGUGUAAAGUAUUGUUUAUUGGGUACGGUUAUUCUAAUCUUGGAAAAAAAUUUAAUCUGAUUUCAUGGGUAAAAUUUCAUCCAAUAUAUAUCGUUCUAUAGGGUUAGGUAAUAUGCUGAAGAAGUUGGUAUCAAUGGUACUUAAUUCAAUUUCAUUAGUAUAUCGAAUAUCUUGUACUUAGCUAGGUACUUACCUAUGUUACGUAUUAUUUUCAUUGUAUGUUUAUUUAGUUACAGAUUUGAGAUUAUUAAUAUUUUGAUGAAAUUGAUCUCUCAUUUCAUUUAAUUUAUUUUAUCUCAAUACCUACAUCUUUCAUCUAUAGUUACGUAAAUAUUACAAAUGUGUGUGCAAUUCAUUUUUAGGUACUUACCUUGUUUUUUAAUACGGAAAAAAAAGAAAGAAAGAAACUGUCAUGCAAUAUAUUAAAGCAUUACCUAUGAAUAAUGAUGUAUUUAAGUGUGUGUCCGAAUAAAUUAACGUUUAAGUAGGUAUUAUAAUUAUUUUUUAAUUGAAAUUAUUAAUUUGUGUGAGAUUUUUUGUAUUUUGAUGGACCUACAGGGUGCACAUUUGACCUUGGGAGCACUUAAGCAGGUAAUGGAGUAUACGAUAUCUGAUGAUAUCUGAUUGACUGAGCGCACAGAUCACGUCUUUCUAUUGGUCCAAUAAGUGUGUUAUUGUUCUACAACAUCUACACCCUCCUGAAGUGUAUCGAAAAUCAAAUGUGCAUUAUACCUACUUGAAUUGAAAUCUCCAUAUCAUGUAAUUCGAUGCAAUAAUUCCUGGUGAAGUAGGUACCUAUAUGAGCAAUUUAUUACCUAAGUACAUGCGAAUCUGCGGAAAAAUUGUAAGUUCUGAAAAAAUCUAAUAAUACCAAUAUUUACAAGAAAAAUUACGUGAUUUGGUCGAUACAUCUACCUGUGUGAAUGUAUUUUAAUCCAUUUUGAUUUAUUUAAUGAACUUUGAUUAUCUUUUGUGCAGGUGGUAUUCAAUUUGAUAAAUACCUACCUACUUUCCUAUUUGUUAAAAUGUUCAUUAUUCUAUCCUGUACCUACCUGAUACAUAUCUACCUAUGAAAUUAUGCUGUUUUCAUUUUUUAAAUGUUACCUAUCUAUAAAUUUCUCCUGUCAUGUUAUCAUAAUCGAAAUAUGGAAAAAAAUGUUCAAAUGGGGUGCCUACGAGUACACUUUGAAAACGCUGUAGGUGUUGUGUUCUUGUAAUACCUAAAAUGGAUCAAGAUUGUUAGAAGCAUAAGAUGUGCUGCCGACUUAAGGAUACCUAUUGAGAAACGCGUCAAGCUCGUCAGAAGCACCAAGCUCAACAGAAGCUCCAACCUCGUCAGAGUCGCUGGUGCCCUUUGUAGCUAUUAUUAUACUCUCAGCUAUAGCAGUGCUAUGUGGAAUCGGUUCUGUUCUCUAUCGUAAGCAGAUACUCGUAUGCACUUGGAGUCCGCAGACCGAACGUGACGUCGAAACUUCUGAUGAGGAAAACAGAGUUUCACGAGCUUCUCUUCCACCAGCUCAUAUUCCUCCUAGACCACCUUCUGCACGAUCUACUUCACCCUGCUUAUCGUUCCUUUAUUACAAUGCUGUACGUUUUCAAAAUCCACCAAAUCCUGAAAUUCCUUCACCUCAUCGAUCGGUUUCCAUCGUUUCAAAUCCUCCUCCACAAAUGCUAAUUUUGGGAAAUAGUGAUGUACCGCAUUUGGACUUUAUUGGAAAAGGAGGUUUUGGAAAUGUCCAUCUUGGCUGCUUUGGAGGACAAACCCUGGCGUUUAAAUACGCCUCAAAAUUGCAGGAAAAUGACGAGCAGCUUCUUAAUGAAGUCGAAAUAAUGCAGAAUUUGAACCAUCCUCACAUUUUGAAAUUGAUCGGAAAAGUUAUCGCUGAUGAUGGUUCCUCCCUUGUAGCGGUGAUUUUUGAGUUCAUGAGGUAUGGGGAUCUCUGGAACAUGAUUAGAAAACCUAACUAUGUGCUCUCACAGGUAAUUCUAACGCGAAUGUGCCGGGAUAUUGCAAGUGGCAUGGAGUACCUAGCGGAAAAUGGAAUCGUUCAUCGAGAUCUGGCGUGCAGAAAUUGUCUCGUCGACAGCGCAUUUACCAUCAAAAUUGCCGAUUUUGGACUAUCCGGAUAUGCUGACGAAAAUGGAAUUUAUCAGCAACAAGGAGACCUGAGAGCAGCCGCGCGUUGGAUGGCGCCAGAGUGUAUUGAUCUUGCAUUUUCCGAAAAAUCGGAUGUGUGGGCUUAUGGUAUAGUUCUAUGGGAAAUUUACAGCGGAGGCAGGAGGCCAUACGAUGACAUGCACUUGAGUGACGCUAACAAGUUUGUUCAAGAUGGAGGUACUCUAGAAAUUGAAAACGAAGACUGCCCAGAGCACAUCAAACGUAUUUCGGAAUCUUGCUGGAGAUGGGAUCCAGAGGAACGGCCGUCUUUUUCUCAAAUCCUGCGUUUAUUUCAACCAGCAACGAGCCUCUGAGCUGUAUUGAGACCAUCUUCUUUUGUAUCACGGUUUGUACUUGAGGCAAAAAGUGCCAAUACUUGAUCGGGUUUUUUUGAAGCCUCCAGGGGGGGGGGGUCUGUGGUGGUCAGGGGGUAAAUUUUGAACUGGCAUACGAAAAUUUCAUCCUUUUAGAAAAUGUUGAAGGGGGGGGGGGGUGCGAGUUUUCAAAAAUCACCUCUUCCCCUCCCCACUUCCGUUUGAAAAAACCUCCAAAACCCCUCCGAUUAAAAUUUUUUAAGAAUGUAUUGACACUAGAUGGCAAAUGAGUCACAAAAGUGCAAGGUGGAACCCACAAAUCCCAAAACUAAAGGAGGGACAAAUAUUUGAAUUUUUAAAAAAAGGUGCCAAAUACUUGGUCACUUGUGAUAAUUGCCCGAGCGUCGAUCAAAAUCCCACGGUGCGCUAGUGGGAAAUUGAAAGUGCUCGGGCCUUUUGGCGGCUUGUCUUAUCCCAAGUUCCCAUGAAACACUCAGAAGGCAGUUUUUCAUCGAAGUUAUUAGUACAGUAUUAUAGAAUGCUUCUACACUCAUUAGAAUUGAUUUAUCUGUAUUAACGACCUUGUAAUUCAUGUUUUUGUUUUGAAUUUUGACUUACUUUCAAAGCUAGCUCGCACUAUGAAAAAAAUUUCAAAAAUGUCCAAACAUGGUGAAAAUCGUUAAUACAGUGUAUACUGUACACUAAACCAAAACUAUACCCAAAAUAUCCAUAAAAUUACUUUUAAUCUUUAUUUUUCUGAAAUAGUAAUUUUGAAAGUAAGAAAUUUUACACGUUUUCAAUCCAAACAAUUUUCAAACUCUGUUAAAAAAAACACUCAAUAUACUUUAUUUCAUCGGCCGGGUGGUUUAAAUCAAAGAUAAAGAUCUCCUCUAUUACUUAAGAUUGGUAGCAGCCUCAACAGACCUUUAUGUGUGACGUCACAGCGUGUUGAAAAACUGACCCACUGAACUCUAUACUCUUACACUGGAACGCUUACGAUACCACGUGACCCGAUCGAGCGCGUUAGAAAGAGAUAGAUAUAUGUUAAGACGUUCUUGUCCUUGUCUAGCGCGUUGGUAAGUAUUGCGUAUUCAUUUCAUCCGUACAGUAGCGUGAUUUUUUUUUUGUUUUUUGUUUUAAUUUUUGCAAUUUUUUGUAGAAUUUUUUUAUUUUAUACGAGUAUUGAUGUUCAAGAUCACUUUUAAGACAUCGGCGAUCGUAGGAAUUGAGAAAAUUGCUUUUAAAAAAUGAAUUAUUUACAAAAGUGUACCAGAUACUUCAAGUUGAAAUAUUAUAAUUUGUAGCAGUACUUAUUCAAUAAAAUUUAAAAACUCAUGAUCUGGAAAUUGAAAUACUUAAUUCAAAUUAGAAAAAUAUUUAAGUGAAUAUUGAAUAAUUUAAAUUUUCCAGCAAUAUUCUAUAUAUAUUUAUGUACUACAUUAUAAUAAAUAAACGAAAUUACCUAUUAUGCAGCUGUGUUGUCAGUUGUGUAGGCUAGAUACAUGAAAAAGUGACUAAAAAAGGAAAACAGGUACAUGAUUGAAAAUUUUUGAAGAAUUUAUCACUCAAUGAAGCCUCAAACUCAAACUCAUUCAAGAGCUGCACAAGACAAAGAAUGCACAAAUACAUUUUUAAAAUUGAAUGAAAUCGAAAAUUUUAAAUCCAGAACUCCAGAAGUUGUUCAUUUUCCAAUUCAUUUAUCAAAUAGGUUGAGGUUGAACCUAAUUUAGUAAUUUAAAUCAAGUUUUGAGGGGAAAAAAUGAACUCAGAUUUUUCAACUCCUUCAUUUAUCUAUCUGUGAUAAGAUAACGGAUAAUACGGAUAUAUUUUAUUUUUAUUCUUCAAAAAUUUUCAAUCGUGUACCUGUUUUCCUUUUUUAGUCACUUGUCCAAGUACCUUCCCUACACAGCUGCAUAAGCACUUUGAAAUUUUUUUUACCAUUACAUAAAUGUCUAUAAAUGUCUCCGUUGUAAUAUAUGAAAUCAAUUUUUACCGUGAAAAAAAAACGUGAAAAGUUAGAGUCAUUAUAAAAAAGUCUUAAAGUUCUGUUACGAAACAUAAUUUCAACUUGAAAUACCUUGUUCACUUUUGUAAAUAAUUCAUUUUUUAAAAGCAAUUUUCUGAAUUCCUAGGAUCGCCGAUGUCUCAAUUUCAUCUUGAAAUAUUAAUAAUUGUAUAAAAUAAAAAAAAUCAGCAAAAAGUUGCAAAAAUUUAAAAAAAAAAACAAAAAAAAUCACGCUACUGUAUGAAUGAAAUGAAUACGCAACGCGCUAGACAAGGAUAACAACUUCUAUUCAUAUAGCUAUCUCUUUCUAACUUGCUCGACCGGGUAGUUUAACAUUGGACCAUAUGCAGCGUAAGCGUUCCAGUGUAAGAGUAUAGAGUUCAGUGAACUGACCAAGAUUUGGUACCCUGAUCAAGUAUUGGCAUUUUGCCUUAUAUAUUUAAGAUGUAGAAAUAAGGUUUAUUUCAUUUAAGAUGUAGUAAGGUUUAUUUCAUUUCAUUUUGAAAUGGAUGUAAUCGUAAUUUUAUAUGUUCCAAAUAUUGUGAUAUUAGUCGAGUUUUUCCCUGUUUCGCGAGUUGUGUGUUUAGUCUUAAGUCAGUUAUCUAAUUUUAGUUGCAUACCUAAGUUCUUUAAAAACCAAAUUGAGUUGCAUUGAAGUGCACCUUUGAGAGAUUUUCAUCAAAAUAAUGCCAAAUUUGAGCUUGGUUUUGCAUCCUUUCUGCAAAAGCCCCUUUGGAGUUUUUUUUUGCCAACGUAAUAUCAAAUUAGUUCUCGGAAGGUUCAAAAACGUAUUCGAAAAUCUCAAAAAAAUAUAAUUAUUUGUUUCAGGUGGGUCUUUACGAGAGUUAAAAAUUUAAAAAUUGACCAAAAACAAAAAAAUGACUAAAAAAUACAGAAAAUUGUUUCAAUACGUGAAAGUUGAUAAUUUUAGUGUUUGUGGAGAUAUUUUGGUGAUUUUUUCCCGGUUAACUCUUAUUGAGAGAGGAGGGUGAGUUAGCAUAAAAUUAGUUUCAUUGCCAAAUACUUACACCAGAUUAAGUAUCGAAAAAUAUCGUAGAUAUUCCCAAUUACCUCGCACCUUAAGAAUUUGUUGGGCAAUUGUAAUGCUUCAGCAAAAUGUUUAAUCAGAUUUAAGAAAUUAGGUAAUUGGCACUUUUUCUUUCAACGGUGUUCUCUCCUUCCAUUUUAAAACUAAACAACACGUUUACCUUGAAUGUUUUUUCAUGUACUAUUCAUUGCAAGCACUUGACGCUAUUUGAUGAGUGUUCCCAUAAGAUCGAAUCGAGAGGCCCCCAAACCUCUGCUUUUCAUUUUAUUCUGUUGUAAUAUUAAUCCAGAUUUUCUCGCCUUUUGUAUUUCUGUCAAUUUCCUUUGAUUUUUUCCCCCAAGGUCUUAUUGUUGAAGACAUGAGGUUAGGUAUUUUUGCUUAUAAUCUCCUUGAAUGUUCGCCAUCUUAUUUUGUAAAUUCUCAAAACUGUAUUGAAUGCUUGAUAUAUGCAUCCUGCAUCCAAAUUCAGGAAUACUUAAUUUCAAUCAUUGAGCCUAAUCAGAUACAUCAUUCCAUUUGGCAUUAUUUUAAUGAAAAUUGUUGCUCUGAUGGACACCAUGGACAAUAUAAUCGUAUUGCUUAUUUCAUACUUACUUAUUUGAAUGACCACGAGUGACUAAAUGAUUCAUUUUAUAGAUUUAAGCUACGUAUAGAUAACAUGUACCUACUUAUGAUACGUACAUAAUUAUUUUUAUUAAUUUUUAAAAAAUCAUUAUUACAUAAAAAUCAAGUACCUACUUAUGUAGAUACCCAUCUGUAAUAACCCUAUUUUGAAACUUUUUAUUGACAAUAAAAAUUC